AUGCUGUAUACUAUACCUAGCCUAGUAAUAAGAGGAAUACCUUACGUACCCUUAAUAUUAGGCUAUAAAAAGGCCCUACUAACUAGAGCUAGUUAUAAAAGAGGUAUACUAGCUAAAGUUAUAGCUCUUAUAGUAGUAGAGAAUAAAGUUAAUCUCCUUACUAAGUACAGCGCUAUUAAUAGUAGCUUACUGUAUACGCUAAUAAAGGCCUACUACCUUAUUCUCUAUUAUAGAGUAGAGCUACUAGAUACUAGUAAACCUCUACUAUUAACUAUAAUAAGAGCUAGUACCUCUAUCUUCUCUUCUACUCUAAACGCUAACUUAAGAGGUAGUAGAGCUAGGGUAGAGAGGAUUAUACUUAGUAUUAAGAUAAGAACUAGGCCUUUAGCUUAUAUUAUACUAUACUAUCUAUUAAAAAAGGUUAAGUUACUAAGUAGAAAGAAGACGUUAGAAAGGUAG